CCUUUUUUUUUUCUGUGGUGAGAACUGUUUUUGAGAAACCUGAAAUGACCUCUUUGCGAACUAAACUCAGGGCACUUCAUAUGUAAUUUACCCAGAAAAGAACCCAGAGCUAAUCAUUCUUACCACAUCAGUAGCAAGCGGGGAACAAUUCUGGUCUUUUCUUCUUCCGGGUAUCGACUGCUGGAGUGAAAGAGGAUCGGAAAGGGAGGAGAGGAAUGGCGGGUUUGCUUGCUUGGGCUGCAGACGUUGUCGGAGGUGGCGGCCAAAGCGACGAUGAAGAUGAGAGGAAUCGAUUCCCUGUCGUUAAGUUCACACCUGAGCAGCAGAAAUACGCCCGAGAUUUAGAUGUGAAAGCUGCCUGUAUCACCCGUUCGAUCCAAGAUCUACGUCUGAGACUCCCUCCUCCUGACAUCUCUCAACGCCUCCCACACCUCCAUGCCCAUUCCCUCGCUUCAAAUGCUGCUCUAGCCCUGCAAUUGAAUGCCCACUCCGCCACCCGUGAAGAGGCACAAUUGAGGGAAGUUGCACUGCAAGAAGAAAAUGCUGCUUAUGAAAAGACUAUAACAAAUUGUGAAAAGAGAAUACAGGAAAAGUUGCAGGAAGCAGAUAUGCUGCAGACUAAGCUACAGGUUGGGUUGACAAAAUCCUAGGAUAAUGUUAUAUGA